AUGGCCCCACAGUCCAGUGACAGCAAAUCGAAUUAUCAGAACAACGAGAAGGUCCUUUGCUUUCACGGGGAAUUCCUGUACGAAGCAAAGAUUCAAGACUUGAGACGGACAGACUCCAAAGACCCCAAGUCUCCUUUUGAGUACAAGAUCCACUACAAAGGGUGGAAGAACACUUGGGACGACUGGGUCUCGUUCGAACGAUUGCGGAAGUGGACAGAUGAGAACCGUGAACUAGCCGCCCAGCUCCGUCGAGAACACACUCAAGCGCAAAAGGCCGUAUCCAAGACUACCUCCAAGUCCCGUCGCGGUCAAGGUUCCGAGAUCGGCUCCGGGAGAGGUUCAGAGGAAAGAACUUCAUCAGUCCCUGCUGCCGGUGUGGUGAUUCCCGUCCCACAAGUGCACUUGUGGAGUUUGCCCCGUGAACCAACCCCCCCUGGAAUGAUGCCCUCAUCGGACGAUACGCGCGACCCUGCUUCUGUCGCCGGUUCAGAUUCCUGGAAAUGUGCUGCUGGCCCCAAUUUGGAUAUCGGACGUCAAGAAUCCAUCAAUACCCCUAUCCUUAGCAGUAUGACCGACAAGGUGGAUCCGGACAAAGAGAUAGAAGAAGUCGAAGAAGACACUGAUAACAUGGCCAACGUCACGCAAAAACCAGAUGACGCAGCUGGCCUGCGACAAUUUGUGUACCAGCCGCGCAGAGCUGCAAUCAAAGCUGGCAUUGCAAUUGAGAAAUCCAGAAGAUUGAUGCCACUGGUGGCGAACCCUUCCCCUGUCAAAACAAGGAAAAGAAAGGCACCGGAAAGAAACGACUCAAGACAGGUUGAGGAGCCUUCUGUCUCCGCCUUGCGCACCCUCAAUUCGUCAAGCAGUCUUCCAGUUAGCUCGGGCUCCCCAGAACCCUCCGCAAAGGCGAAGAGACCCAGAUUGGUGGCACGAAAGGGUAUUGCAGUUCACGUAAACAAACCUCGCCGAACUGCAAGUCCUAAAGCUGCCCGCGCCCAGCUAGCACGUCGCUCCGUAGCGAAAAGUCGUCUCCCCCUCCACUCCGCACCGUCUGAGUCCGAUGGCUCUUAUUCUCCCACAAGCACCGAGGAUGACGAUGACGAGAAGGUCAAGGCAGAGUCUACCGAACCGGAAAAUGAAAGCAGUGGAGAGGAAGACUUUCCUCCCUCUCAAAACAUACCUCGAAGAUCUUCUGUCGCCAGCUCUAAUGCAAAGCCCACUUCUGAGGUGAAGCUGGAGUUCUCCGAAAGCGAGUAUGACGAUAGUACGAACAGCGAAACCACACCGGUCAAGAAUGUUCAAAGAGCGUCUGCGAGAUUCAGUGCCAAAACCACUCUUCAGUCGAAGGCGGAGGUUUCUGAAGACAGCGCUAGGAUCACCUCAGCCAAGGUUAUAGGUCGCGUUACAAGAUCUGCCACGGCGACCUCGACCGAUCCUGCUAUCAGAGUGACUCGCAGCGCCACUCGCGCCAAGCCGCCUACAAAGCCGAUCAAGUAUCCUUCUCCUGGUACACUUGGCUGUCUCCCUACCCAGACCCAUGCUUCAGUUGAACCAGAGUGCGCCGAGUACAGACAUCCAAUUGACCCAAGCGACUCUCAAACGAAGGCGACCGACGACGAAGAGUCUGUGGGAACCCGCUCAGACGAUGAUCCAGAGGUCGAUCCACCAGGGUCUGGCACAGCGUUUGACGCUCUUACAUGGCCUCAGCGUCUUCUUAAGAGGGUCAAUUGCAGCGGCACAUGCUUCCCAGAGGGCUGGGGGGAGGAGGAAAUCAGAUCGAUACCGGAUGCAGUCUUCGUCGACAUUCGCAAAGAUCUUCUUGCCCUUUUAAGAUACGAUCUCUUGCUCUACCGCCCCUGGGAACUUCUGAAGACGCUUCCCGAUUCUUCACCUUUCUGGAUCACAUGGGAAAAAGACGAGGGACGCAAAAUCAUCCAUUCGUUCAUUUCCAAAGUCGAAAACGAACGAGCCAAAGACUGUGCGAAUACUCUGCUCGAACUUGCGCGUGUCCCGACCGAGCUUGCGCCUUCCGCUUCGAACGUUAUACGUUCACGUGGUCUUGACGUACUAAUCCACUUUCUCGCCGAAGCUUGCAAGACUUACGCCAAUCCCGGUGUUGAAUGUGAUGGUCCAAAGCCCAUCUGCAAGCAAUGCAUGCAAGAAGAUUGUGGCUGUGCGUUUGGCAAGUUCGAUACUUCUGAUAACGCCAGCACUGGGAGCGAAGAGAAAUACAUUCGCACGAGCAGUCUCUAUGGCAGACCACGGGAUCUCGCCUAUCUGGGUGCUAACCACCUACUACUGCCUGUUCAACCCGGAAUUUCACAAAAUCUAGAACCUACCACGCUGGAUUAUUUGGCGCUCGCAGCUGAGGUUGUUGAAUCUGGAACAGUUGAUCGUGUCCAAGGCAACCUUUCCAGGACCACCCAGGACGCCGAAGUCAGCACUGCACCAGCAGCUAUGUCCACUGCAAAUCCGCAGAAUGGCCCGCUGACCGUGCGACCACGAUUGAUUGCUUUUGCCCAAGGAUUGAAAACCCCUUAUCUUGACGUCGAACAUGGAAUAACCCAUGCUUACUUGGAUAUGUACGAACAGGAAGAUGCAUUUUAUUCGCGCCCGUCGAUCCGCAUAAAUGUCCCCGACCACCUGAAGAACCUCCUUGUCGACGACUGGGAGAAUGUCACAAAGUCAUUGCUUCUCGUCCCUCUGCCCAGUCAAGCGCCCGCGAACUACAUCAUUGACGAAUACUUCAACGAAGAGAAGAUUAACCGACGUCUCGGAUCUGCUGAGGCAGACAUCUUGGAGGAAUUUUGUGCGGGAUUGAAAAUGUACUUUGAGAAGGCGGUGGGAAAGAUCUUGCUUUAUCGCUUUGAGCGAAGCCAGCUGGCAGAGGUCCGCAAGCUCUGGGAAUCCGGCAAGUACAAGGACUGGGAGGGAAAAGGCCCAGGUGACUGCUACGGCGCCGAACAUCUUACCCGCAUGAUUGUCAACCUCCCAGAAAUGAUCGCUCAGACCAAUAUGGACGCUGAAGCUGUAUCCCGCCUGAAGACCGAGCUAAGCAAAUUCUCCACCUGGCUGUCCCGCAACAGCGCCAAGUUCUUCUGCGCCAAGUACGAGAAACCGAGUGCCGAGUACGUUGAGAAUGCCCGUUAG